AUGGUAACUGUGAAGCUGGAGUGGGAGAGCCAAGCAGUGUUAGCCAUUGAGACAGCAAGUGAUAGCAAGCUGAAGACGAAGAAAUUGGUUAUGGCAAAGGAGGCUUCCAUUUUGCUUAUGAUGGCAUAUGAUGGUUUCUCUGCGUCUGAGACUUGUUUGCAUUAUCUGAUUGCUUCAUCCAACAUCAAUGACGUGGUGCUAUCCCCUUCAUUCGGUAAGUUGAAUGGAAAAGAAUUACUAAAUUUGAUUCGCUAUUUAGCCAAAUGGUUGAAGAAAUACCAGAGGUUUCCACAAGCACGACCAUGUCCGAGAGCCUCGUCGGUUUUGAAUUUGAAGGCUUGCGAUUGGGUUCCUAAACUCGAAGAUGUUAUAAAAUAUCUUGGCUUGGUGCUUGAUGAGAAAUUUUCGUCAUUGGUGUUACAUCCAUUGUUUCACGAGGAGCUGAGAUCAAUUGAAGAAAUGGUUAGUUGUUUAACUUCUGAAGCCAAAUUUUGUAACUUAAUGGCUGAUGUAAUCGACAUACUAAAGAUCGAUCGUGAAAAUUUGUAA